CGGUUGAUUAGUUGAUACCCGUCCGCCGUGGAGGAAGGAUCGUUACGUUGAUCUCGCGUUUCUUGCGCGUAAAAAAGAUACUCGCGUGAGUACAAACGACUUUAGUGCUUUACGUUUAGGUGAUUCAUCGUCGUAAACGAUUUCUAUUUCGUACGUUCGAAGGAGGGAUAAUACACAUUGGAAAAGAAAAAAGAGCACAUUUCAUUCGGUGAUAUCCCGUGAAAGGAACGGGACAAGUGCGUUUGUGUGAGUGCUGCGCGUACGGGAGCAUCUUCAUUUCUUUUUUUUUCUGGUGAAAUAAAAGAGAAAGGAAAAAGAGAAGGGAAAGAAAAAAGAAAAGAAGGAGAGCGAUUACAGUGCGUCGUCGUGUGCAAUCGGAACGCGUGAAAAGGAAGUAACUCGAUCGUUUGUUUAUUCCGUUUUUCCUUUAGAUAUUUUUAUACCUUGGUGGAAUAAUAGUGCGUACAUGCUAUGAUCUGGGAUACAAUUGGAUAUACUUGAAGAGGAUAGAUAGGAACGGUGAUAUAAGAAGAGAAAAACGAUCGCGUACACCGACGGCAACGACGUGGAGGCACCAAGGAAGGCCGCGGCCUCGUCCUAGCCUCUUAGAGGAAUUCUCGCGACAAGAUGUACCCCAGUGCCGGUAUAAAUGCGGCAGCUGUGGCCGUGGCAGCUGCGGCACGACACCCGGGUCCACCACAACCAGGGCAGCCAUUCAAGUUCACAGUGAACGAGUCUUGCGACAGGAUCAAAGAGGAGUUUAGCUUCUUACAAGCGCAGUAUCACACAUUGAAGCUGGAGUGCGAAAAGUUGGCGACCGACAAGAUCGAGAUACAACGGCAUUAUGUGAUGUAUUACGAGAUGUCGUAUGGCCUAAACGUCGAGAUGCACAAACAGACCGAGAUAUCGAAGAGACUGAACGCCAUUAUCGCCCAGAUCCUGCCGUUUCUUUCUCAGGAACAUCAACAGCAAGUUGCCACGGCUGUCGAUAGGGCGAAACAAGUUACCAUGACGGAACUCAAUUCCAUAAUAGGGACGUUGCAACAACAGAGGCCCGAUAUUCCUCGAUUAUUGCAGCAAAUGCACGCUCAACAACUGCCACCAGGAGCGGCUAUAGGCGCGCAUCCAGGAAUCCCCGGUUUACCCGGAUUGGGACCAGCUGCUGGUCUUCCGGUACCGACAUCCGCUUCCGCGGCUUUACUAGGUCUUGGAUUGACUCCGGGCGCAGCGACGACACCCGGAACGACGGCAGCUCAUCCGCUUUCGAUGCUAGCUAAGCCGGAGAUUCAUCGUGGUCAACCGGACGAUCUCAAAAGCAACGGUGGUCUUAGCUCGACCGAGGAGAGACACAGAAGUUCCAUAUCUCCCGGUGACAAGUACAGUCGACCACGAACGCCACAAGAGUCCCAUCACGGUCAUCAUUCCCAGAACCAUCACGAUCACUCGAUUCACAUAAAGAAAAUGAAGAAGGAACAGGACAAGGACAUCGGACACAGCGACGGGGAGAAGAGCGAUCAGGAUCUUGUGGUGGACGAUGCGAGCGAGGGACCGACGAGUCCGGUGGUCAAUGGAAGGUCGUCUCCUCGAGAAAAUGGGAUAGACAAGGUGGUAGUGGCGCCAUUGGGUAGCAGCGUACAAACGAAAAAGGACAUAACACCGCACUCGCCUAGAAGUGGGACGAGCAGCAACGCGAGCACCCCUUCGGCAAAAAAAAUGGAAGAACGAGAGAAGGCUACGACACCGAUCUCAAAAUCUCUCACGCCAACAUCCGGAUCGGCGGUAAUCGGCGGUGGUGGUGGCGGUGGUGGCGGUGGCGGUGGCGGCGGUGGUGGCGGCGGCGGCGGCGGUGGCGGUGGAGGCGGUGGCUUGAAGCCAUCGGUUUCGGCGAAACUCUUACAAGGUCCACCUACCGGCGGUGCCGUUCCUGGCCCUUACCCUCCUCAUUAUCCACCCGGACCACCUCCCCAUCAUCUCGGGCCAGCUGCCCAACAUCCUCACGUCGACAUGAUCGGUUACAACGGUUACGCGCCACCUAGAGCACCGCCUUCCCUUCAACAGCUUUACGAUCCCCACGUUACGAUGAGGGCACCCAUGGUUGGCUCGGUCGGUGUACCUGGUGGCAAACCGGCGUAUAGUUUCCACGUGUCGAGCGAGGGACAGAUGCAACCAGCAAAUUUCCCUUUGGACGCUUUGAUGGGAAGCGGGAUACCGCGUCACGCGCGCCAGAUUAAUACUCUCAGUCACGGCGAGGUCGUGUGCGCGGUCACGAUCUCGAAUCCAACCAAGUACGUUUACACUGGCGGCAAGGGAUGCGUCAAGGUCUGGGACAUCAGUCAGGGCGGGACUGGGAGCGCGAAGCCGGUUUCGCAGCUCGAUUGCCUGCAACGUGACAACUACAUCAGAUCGGUGAAGCUAUUACCGGACGGUAGAACAUUGAUAGUUGGUGGGGAGGCAAGUCAAUUGAGUAUCUGGGAUCUAGCCAGUCCAACCCCGAGGAUCAAAGCCGAAUUGACCUCGUCGGCACCGGCGUGCUAUGCUCUUGCGAUCUCUCCGGACUCGAAGGUCUGCUUCAGUUGCUGCAGCGACGGAAACAUCGCCGUUUGGGAUCUUCAAAAUCAGGCGUUGGUCAGACAGUUCCAAGGUCACACUGAUGGUGCCUCUUGCAUAGAUAUAUCUGCGAACGGCUCGAAACUCUGGACCGGUGGUCUUGACAACACAGUACGCUCUUGGGAUCUCCGGGAGGGUAGACAGCUACAGCAACACGAUUUCACGUCGCAGAUUUUCUCACUUGGUUACUGUCCCACCGGCGAUUGGCUCGCCGUCGGCAUGGAGAAUUCGAACGUCGAGGUACUCCACGCUCUAAAACCUGACAAGUAUCAAUUGCAUCUGCACGAGUCCUGCGUGUUAUCCCUGAGAUUUGCCUCGAGCGGUAAAUGGUUCGUCUCCACGGGAAAGGACAAUCUUCUUAACGCUUGGCGUACCCCUUAUGGCGCCUCGAUAUUCCAGUCGAAGGAAUCGUCAUCGGUGCUGAGCUGUGACAUCUCCGCGGACGACAAGUAUAUCGUAACCGGUUCUGGUGACAAAAAGGCGACAGUCUACGAGGUUCUUUAUUGAAGAAAAUCAAAAGGAGUCACCUCCGUCAUCAUCGAAGACCACUUUUCAAGCGUUCGUCUAUAUAAUUCGUGUGUUACGUUAUUUACGAGCAACUUUGUUGCCGUUGUUGUUCUUGUUAUCGUCAUCGUCGUCGUCGUUGUUGUUGUUGUUGUUGUUUAUACCGAUGGAAAGAGAGACUAUAUGUGAAGUUGCGGGUAACAAGUGGAUACAUCUCGAGGAGAAACGAAAGGAAAUUUCGAAAGGAAUUAAAUGGUCCGAAUUUGAUAGCUCGUUAAAUCUGAUCUGUCGGUGGCGAUUAGUAUAAAAUGCUCGAGAGCUUGGUGAAUUUAUAUACACGAAUGUAGAUAGAUUUUCACUCGAAUUAUUCGAAACGAAGCAGGUCUUUACAUUUUUUCGGUAACUGCUUCUAAUUCUUUUUUUUCGGCAUUUUCUUUUCGACCUUUUUCCUUUUCUUAGUUUUCUUUUGUUUUUUUGUUUUUUUUUCUUUUUUUUUUUCUUACGGUUCGAUGGACGUUGAAACGACAUAGUCGGACCAAAUCGCGAGUUUCGUAAGUUCUCGAAUAAGUGACUCGAAAAUUCGAGCAAGCCUUACUAAAGUUUUAAAUUACCGUAAAAGAAGGCGAAGGACGAGAAUGGGAGUACGGCGAGGAUAGGACUCGAACAACGAGCUCCGAUUAAGCUCCCUUUAAUAAGCGAUCUUGAAAAGCGGUUUCGUUCGUUCCGUUUCUCUCGACGCGCAUAAAUGAAUCGCCUUUGGCAACGAGAUCGCACAUUAAUUCUACUUAGGAUUAGAAGGUAUAGUGACGAGCGUAAAGUAACACUUUGCUCACGCAUAUCUUGCCUAUCUUGUAAAUUUUGUAUAUACCAUAGAUAUACAUAUAUACAUAUAUAUAUAUAUUCAUCAUAUAUAUAUACAUAUGUAUAUACAUAUAUAUAUAUAUACAUAUAUAUAUACAUAUAUAUAUAUAUAUAUAUAUAUAUAUAUAUAUAUAUAUAUAUUAUAGAGAGCAUCACGAGCAUACCGUCAUAUUUUUCUACGUCUACCGAGAGAGCUCGGUGGCAAACACGAAAAGGAUAACUCUUUGUAAAUAUUAAUCGAGAUUUAGAGAUUAUUAUACAUAAACGGAUAAGAGUCGAAAUAAUAAAAGAGUAUAAAGCGACGUA